UUCAGGUGCGUAUAAAGUCAGGGAGAACCGGUGAAUUUUCGUCAGUGGAAUCAGUUCCAACACCUUGCGAAGACGCUUCUAAAUAUUCUUUCGAAUACGAUACAACUCGCUAUGAAUCGUAUAUCCUUUAUCUCUUUCUCCGUUUUAUUGGUUUCGGUAUCAGCCUGGCCAUUUCGUCGUCGAGACAUCUUCGACAAUGCGGUGGACAGUCCUCACGGUGUGAUCGCUCAUUUGCAACAUUUUGGCGAGAUGUUGUACCGGAAUCCGGACAACGAAACUGGAGCCAUUGUAGCGAAUUGGCACGAGGGAUGGGACCGCAAUCCGGAAGAGUUGGGUAACUAUGCGGAGGGUGAUAUUCUGUUUCCGCCCCAGCUCGGCAAGAACGGACUUAAAGCGGAAGCUGCACGGUGGCCUGGUGGCGUGGUGCCGUAUAUGAUUAGUCCUUAUUUCGACACCGCUCAGAGAAACUUGAUUUACGAAGCAAUGAACGAUUACCACAAGUACACGUGUGUUAAAUUCAAACCUUAUACCGGUGAAGAAAGCGAUUAUAUCAGGAUCACGGCUGGCAAUACUGGUUGUUGGAGCAGCGUGGGAAGAAUCGGUGGUAAACAAGACGUGAAUCUUCAGGUUCCAGGGUGUUUAUUGAAGAAAGGUACCGUGAUACACGAACUGAUGCACGUCAUUGGUUUCCUGCACGAGCAGAGCAGAUUUGAACGGGACGAGUAUGUCACGAUUCAGUGGAAUAAUAUUUUGCGCAAUCAUGCCGGAAAUUUUGAGAAAGCCUCGAAGGAAACUACCGACGCGUUCGGGAUUGGAUACGACUAUGGCAGCGUAAUGCAUUACUCUGCGAACGCGUUUUCCAGGAACGGACAACCUACCAUAGUGCCAAAAGAAUCAGGCGGCCUUCUAAGUUUUAUUGGCGAAAUAUUCCAGGGUGAUACGAGAGUUCAACUGGGUCAGAGAGAAGGAUUCAGCAAAAGAGAUAUACAGAAAAUUCGAAAAAUGUACAAAUGCAACAAACGAAGACGGAGUAGCUAUUGAUUGCGGGGAAUCGAACGUUCCUUUGCUGUAUUUUUAUUGGAGCGUAAUAAAAUGAAUCUAGUCUCUUACAAUUUAGUAUACAUCGCGCUAUUUUUACAACUACAUCGAAAGGGAAUGAAAACGAACUGGAUUUCGAAACGGAAAUGGUAAAUCGAUAAUGACGAGGAUGCGUGACUUGCAUCCGGAAAAGAAGCUUUCUUUGUUUAUAGGAGAGUUUAUGUGAAUUAAUAUUUAUGAUUAUUAGUGAUUAAGAAAAUGAGUUUAACAGUUUGUAAUAAUGUAAUUACACGUACGAUAAAUAAAUGUAUUCUUCCUGAA